CGUGUGCAGUGUAAUAUGCUUGUCAAACCAAUCUGCGCCCACCGUCUGCUGUCAUGUGACCGACCAGGAAGGGCAGGAUUUUUUCUAGCUACAAGAGGAAAACAUAACGCUUAUGUCUUUCUACACAGCCGAAUAAGCAACCCCCCAAAAAAGCCCAACGAACCUCGGAGAGACAACAUGUCUUACAGUCAAGGAGACAGUUAUCGCCCAGCCGCUCGGGACUUCACCAGCCUCAUCCAAACAUGCAGCUCCAAUAUUCAGAAGAUCACACAAAACACUGCUCAGAUCAAAAAUAUGGUGAGCCAGUUGGGGACCAGACAGGACACCAGUGAACUUCAAGAUCGGCUGCAGCAGAUACAACACUACACUAACCAGCUUGCAAAAGAAACCAACAAGCACCUGAAGGAGUUGGGCUCAGUUCCUUUGCCAACAUCACCCUCAGAGCAAAGGCAGCAGAAGAUUCAGAGGGAGCGGCUCAUGAAUGAUUUCUCCGCUGCUCUCAACAACUUCCAAGGAGUCCAGAGGCGUGCAGCAGAGAAGGGGAAGGAGUCAGUAGCCCGAGCAAGAGCUGGAUCCCGCCUUUCAGCCGACGACGGUGUACGAGAUGAAAAGCUCGUGUCCUUCGACAAUCAGGAUGACUGGGGUCAAAUGACCACUCAGACAGAGGAGGUGGCCAUCACAGAGGAUGACCUGGAACUUAUUAAGGAGAGAGAAACCAACAUCAGACAGCUGGAAUCGGACAUCAUGGAUGUGAACCAGAUUUUUAAGGACCUCGCAGUGAUGAUCCACGACCAGGGAGAGAUGAUUGAUAGCAUCGAGGCAAAUGUGGAGAAUGCUGAAGUCCACGUAGAGCGAGGAGCAGAACAACUCCAGAGAGCCGCCUAUUACCAACAAAAGUCCCGUAAGAAGAUGUGCAUCCUGGCAUUAGUUUGCUCCAUUGCGCUGGUGAUUCUUGGCAUCAUCAUCUGGCUGGUGGCAUUGGAAUCGCGUCAGCCACGUGGAGAUACUUUUGAAGGUAAACAACCAGCUGAUUAGUAUGAUCACCAGCUGCAGCGCAGGAAGCUCCACCCACCAACAUUCACCAUGGAUACAGGGGAACACAAGUAAUGAGGCAGAACAUGUAGCCAGAGAAACGGAAACUUUUUGAGGUACACUAUUGACAAAUGUCAAAAUAGGUACUAGUGCUGAAAGAAAUGGAUACAAGCCUUAUUUUAUUAAUUUUGAAAGCUACAGAUGUUUUCAAUUGCAUUUGGAAUAUUUAUAGUAUAUCAUAAACCAGAGCUGCAAAAUUCCCAACAGAUGUUAGA